AUAUCACCCCAUCGACCGUUCAUCGGGCAACUCAGAUCUACUAUAGUAACGAGAGAGAAUCGGAUGACAUUUUGUAAGUGAAACUGAUUUAUGGUAAAAUACCCUUUGGGACAAUGGAACAUUUAGAUCGAGGUAACAAGGUUGGGUCAGUAUCUGGAAAAUUUACUGGAAAUGCCGACCAACCCGUUGUCGGUAUGGACAUCGAUGUCUACAGUGUCGACGGAGAGAAGGGGCACGGAGAGGAGUUGAAUGUGCAGCCAGACGUGGUCGAACCCGGAGCAACUUCAGAUGAUAAUUUGGAUACAUUGUCAACGAUAGACGCGGCCUCGAACCUCCUGUUUUAUGACUUUCUCGGCAACACAACUUUGCAUGGGAUCAAAUAUAUUUACAAAAAGGAAUACAGCUAUAUUAGAAGAUUAUCUUGGGUAUGCGUUAUGUUGGCAUCAUACAUCGCCUUGUUACUGACUGCAAAAGAGCACGUAACAACCUACAAUUCAAGGAUGACGAAGCAAGAGUUUUCAACAACACGGCGAUCUUCUAUUUGCUUUCCCGCCGUCACCAUUUGCAACUCAAAUCCCAUCAAAUCGUCGAUCGCCGAAAACUCUACCCAUAAUGGCACCGCCAACGUCAUCUCAAGCACAUUCAGUGGAUCCAUUGAUAAGCGCGGGUAUGACGAAACCGACGCCGCUUUGGAGACGGGGGUGGAUGAAAUUAUGCUGGCCUACGCGCACAGAGCAACGGACAUGAUUUUAGAAUGCCGAUGGAAGAAUGGGGUCAAGGCGUGUGGAGCAGCGAAUUUCACCGCCAAGAUGACCGAUGCCGGGAUGUGCUACACGUUCAACGAUGGCGAUUUCGAAGUCGACGACGACAACAAAAGCGAUGCGUGUCUUGAUGUAAACAGGAGUGGAUCGAGACAAAGUCUAUUUGUCCGUCUUAACGCUGAAGUAGAUGAAUAUGUAUCGGAGUUUUCAACAGGUGGAUUUGGAUUCAAGGCAAGCUGUAUUAAUUUUUAUGAAACUUUCCUCCUUGUACAUCGCCGAGGUGAUGUACCCAUUGUGAGUGAUGUCGGGGUUGCAAUUAGUCCAGGUUUUAGAACAACCAUCGCCAUUCAGAAGCAAACGAGGCGGAACUUGGGUCACCCGUUCGACACCGAUUGCCGGGACACGCCCUUAGACUAUUAUUCCUUUUACUCUGAGUGGGCGUGUCUCACUGAAUACGAUACGAAGGAGCUCAGUCAAGUAUGUGGAUGCAGACUUCCUCAUAUGAAAGGACCUGCCCCUAUGUGCACGAUCAGGCAAUACGUGGAGUGUGUGCUACCUAACUUCGAAUUUGAGACACCCAACGGAACCGCUGCUCAUUGUCAGAGGGCGUGCUACAUCGAGCAUUUUCAGAUGACCAUGAGCUACCUGAAAACACCGGGGAAGGUUGAAGCACAAAAGCUGCAAGGUCAAUUCAACUGGACCGAGGACGAUGUAAUGAGAAAUAUAGCAGAACUAGAAAUAUAUUUUGCUGACAUGAACGAACAUCAUACAAAGAGCGUAGCUGCCUACAGUCUCGCCGAUUUAUGGGGUGAUCUUGGAGGGAUAAUCGGUGUCCAUAUGGGAGCCAGUCUCCUCACCCUAUUCGAGUUCCUUGAUUACACCUUCGUCGAGCAGAUUUACACAGUUCUUUACAUUCGGUUCUUCUGGAGAAAACUCAAAUCAUUUUUUUGCCGGGCUCAGACUGGGAAAGAGGCAUCCAUUGAUAAAUGAUUAUUCAAUAGCCGGGGAACAGUGUUUGCUGACUUUCCGAGAUUAAACCAUCUUUUGUUUUGAAAACCGAGUCAAUUGGAUUCAAAACGGUUUGUUUAUAGAAUAAUAAUAAUAAUUUAGGGUAUUUAUAUUGCGCAUGCACAUAUCUACC